CAGGGCUGUCUGCGAGAGAGAAGCUCCCCACGUGGUUCUGUGUCGGUGGGCUCCACGACAAAAGUCAACCCUUCUGUAAAUCACCUGCUGUGGUUAUGAUGCUCUGAGUUCAAUACGUCUGCACCUUUGCUGUCUAUGGAUCUGCUCUAACCUUAUAGCCUGCUUAUGGGGGAAGGUGACGCCUUCUGGGCCCCAUCUGUCCUUCCUCACAGCACCCUCAGCGCCUUAAGCCACCACCCCCAGCCACAAUUUGGCAGAAGGAUGGAGUCCAAGGUCUCAGAAGGUGGCCUGAAUGUGACCCUUACCAUCCGCCUGCUGAUGCAUGGAAAGGAAGUUGGAAGCAUCAUUGGGAAGAAAGGAGAAACUGUGAAGAAGAUGCGUGAGGAGAGUGGUGCGAGGAUCAACAUCUCAGAGGGAAACUGCCCAGAGAGGAUUGUGACCAUCACAGGCCCCACAGACGCCAUCUUCAAGGCCUUUGCCAUGAUCGCAUACAAGUUUGAGGAGGAUAUCAUCAACUCCAUGAGCAACAGCCCUGCCACCAGCAAGCCCCCAGUGACGCUGAGGCUCGUGGUGCCUGCCAGCCAGUGCGGGUCCCUGAUCGGCAAAGGAGGCUCCAAGAUCAAGGAGAUCAGGGAGGUAACAGGACCUUCCCAGCCUGGGCCGCUGCGGGGGAUGGCAGCACCUCUGCAGGAGAGUGGAGGAGGGGAGCCCUGCCCCAGCCCCUCAUCUGAGCCCAAACCCUGGCCAGGGCAUGGGGAGCACCCAUCCACCCAGGGCCACUCUGUGGCCAACAGACUGAAGGCCUACACAAUCCAGGGACAGUACGCCAUCCCUCACCCGGAUUUGACCAAGCUCCACCAGUUGGCCAUGCAGCAAACCCCCUUUCCUCCCCUCGGACAGACCAACCCCGCUUUCCCCGGAGAAAAGCUGCCUUUACACUCCUCCGAAGAAGCUCAAAAUCUGAUGGGCCAGUCAUCAGGUCUGGACGCCAGCCCACCAGCCAGCACUCAUGAGCUCACCAUUCCCAAUGAUCUAAUAGGCUGCAUAAUUGGACGCCAAGGGACCAAAAUCAAUGAAAUUCGACAGAUGUCUGGAGCUCAGAUCAAAAUCGCCAACGCCACCGAAGGGUCAUCAGAGCGUCAGAUCACCAUCACGGGGACCCCGGCCAACAUCAGCCUUGCCCAGUAUCUCAUCAACGCCAGGCUGACGUCCGAGGUCACCGGGAUGGGCACGCUCUAAUCCUACUCAGCACCUCCCCCCAUGUCACCCUCCUGCCAGAGCCCAAGGCCCCGGCUCUCACACUCUACAGCCCACCUUCCCUGCCUCACAGAUAUCCAUAGAGAGGUUUGCCUGAGUAGCAGAAGGACGUAUGCCCUGGAGAAACACCCCCGUGCACACAGCCACUCUACAGAGGCUGCAGGCUCCGCCGAGUCCCCCUUCA